AUGACGCGCGUCGCGCACGGCGCGUUCACGAAGAAUACCGCCAAGGCGAUCCGUUUAGCCGACGAACGGGCCGAGGACGGCGAAGACGACAGCGAUUCGGGUGACGACGACGGACGAGAGACCGAUGAGCGUCGUGACGAACCCGAGGGUGACGACGGCGAAGACGACGCCGCGGAUAAUGACGAUGGCGAAGACGGCGAAGACGACGGCUCGGAGGAUGAGGAUGAGGAUUUGGAAAAUGAGCUCGAGGAAUUGAGAGGCAACGGCGGAGACGAGAUCGUGGGCGAACGCAAGGCGAGGGCGAAACGGAACCGAUACGUCGACGACGUCGCAGAUGAGGACGAUGAUGAUGAGGACGACGGUGGGGCGAAAAAGAAGAAAAAGAAGAGGGGCGUGCGCGGUUUCAUCGACGACGAAGCGGAGGCGGACGACUCGGAGGAAGACGAGGAAGAUGAGGGCGAAGAGGACGAGCAGUUGGACGAUGAGGAGCGCGAGGCGCUGAGGCGAGACAUGGACACGAGAAUGCACGCGCGGAUGGAGAACCAAGGCGCGUUCGAGCGCAUGGAUAACGAGGAGGAGAUUGAACGGAUGAUCAAGGAGCGCUACGCCCAGCAGAGGUACGCGGACGCUGGGAGGGGGCAGAUCGACGACAGCGUCGAUCAGCAAGCGCUUCAUCCGACAGUUCGCGAUCCGAAGCUUUGGAUGGUGACCGUGAAGCUUGGGAAGGAGCGCGAGACUACGGUGUGUCUGAUGCAGAAGAUGAUCAAUCUCGCAAAGCAAGGGAAACCCCCCAUGCAGAUCUUUUCCGCCGUCUGCCAGGAUCACCUCAAGGGAUACAUUUACGUCGAGGCCCAUCGCGAGGACCACGUGCGAAAGGCGCUGCAAGGACUUAGACAUGUUUACCACAGCAAGCCCAUUCGUUUGGUGCCGAUUAAGGAGAUGGUGGACUCCAUCAGCGUGGUGCAGAAGGAAGUCGCCGUGGUCAAGGUAGACUCCUGGGUGCGCAUGCGCACAGGCGUUUACAAGGGUGAUUUGGCACAAGUCAUUGACGUAAACUACGCCGAUAACCAGUGCACGGUGAAGUUGGUCCCGCGGAUCGAUUAUCAGCACCUCGCGGAUAAGGAAGCUGGCGUCAAGGGCAAGCCGAAGUCACAAGUUCGACCACCGGCUCGUCCAUUCUCGGAGUCCGAGGCGAAACGAUUUAAUCUGCCCUUGGAAAAGGGUCGACUUGAUCGCGCAUUCCAUGAUGUCGUCGACAUUCUUUGCGGAACUACGAAGAUAAAGGAUGGCUACCACCUGAAGACGUGCUCUCUCGCCACGGUGAAGCUAUCUGAGACGCCAACUUUGGAUGAGUUGCAGCGAUUCGCCGUCGGUGAAGAUGUCGACACAGAAGGUGGCGCCGCGAACGGUGCGUUAGCUGCCUUAUCCAAGGCUGUGGGCGCUCGCAAGACGGACUUGAAGUUCAUGACGGGAGAUCAAGUGCUCAUCGUCGAGGGCGAUUUGCGCAACCUCGAAGGCGUCGUCGAGCGAGUCGAUCCCGACGGACGGGUCGUCGUCAUGCCAUCUCACAAGGAAUUGAACGAACUAUUGACUUUCAAGCCGGAGCAGCUACGAAAGCACUUCAAGACGGGAUCGACCGUGCGCGUGCUGCACGGAAAGCACGAAGGCGUCGUUGGCAUGGUGGUCAAGGUGGACCGUGACGUGGCGCACAUCUUCUCGACUGUGAGCAACGAGGAGUUCCAAGUUUUCAUGCACGAUCUCGCCGACAGUGAAGAAGCGACGCAACGUAUUGACACCAUAGGAGAGUUCGCUCUGCACGACCUGGCUAUGCUUGACGGUAACGAAGUUGGCUGUAUUGUCCGAGUUGAGAAGGAUGUGGCGUUUGUGAUGACCAACGCUGGCACGUCCGAUCGUCCUGAAAUCAAGCCGGUCAAGCUGCACGAUCUGAAAAAGAAACUGUUCAGCCGGAACAUCUCUGCCCAGGACGCGCACAUGGACACGAUCGAUCAGGGAUCUAUGGUUCGCAUCAUAGACGGCAAGUACAAGGACGCCACGGGGACGGUGGAGCACAUUUACAAGGGUACGCUUUGGAUUCGAGCGCGGCACGUCCAAGAGCACGGUGGUAUUGUGUGCAUCCGUUCUCGGAACUGCGUUGCGCACGGUGGCAACAAGGGUAGUCAGAUCGGGGGCGGUGUCGCCGCCCAAAUGAUGAGCGCUAGCGGCUUGCCUCCGAAGUCUCCGGCACACGCGCUCCUUGCGAGCUCCUUCACCUCUGGGUUACGUGGCGAUCUCAUGGCGCAGGGUAACCAAGCUCCUCGCGCCAUGCCCAUGCGUGCGUUCGCCGGCGGUCGUGGCCGCGGUCGCGAUCCACUCAUUGGGCAGACGAAGAAGAUUCGCUCAGGUGUGUACAAGGGCUACGUCGGCCGCAUCAUCGAUGUCACGGACUCCACCGUGCGCAUGGAAUUGCAAGCUCAGGCGCGCACGAUUACGGUCAACCGAGAGCACUUGGAUGUUCCGCAAGUAGCAGCGAGUCGAGAUUCGUUCUUGUCCCGCCCGCCGCCAAGCGGCUUCGACGCGCCGUGGGCUCGAACUCCCGCGCACUACCCACAGACUCCUGCGCGCGCUGGCGGCAUGACGCCCAUGCACGGUGCCAUGACGCCCGCGCGCGAAGCGGCCUGGAACCCUCAGCAAACGCCGGCACACAUGCCAUCAGAGUGGCAACCAACUUCGACCGCCGGUACAGGUUGGGGAUCGGCGACCGGGUACACGCCCGGCGGCUUUGGCGACUCGGCUGCGCUCGCUGGUCCGACUCCGGGCGCUGGUUACGGCGUCACGCCUGGUGCGGACUACACCGGCGCCACGCCCGGCGGAUACGGUAUCACACCAGGUGGAUAUGAUGCCCCGCGCGUUGAGGAUCCUGUUCCUGUUCCGGCGGCGCCAGUCGCUGCAUGGCCUGAGGAUUAUAUGGGUCGCUUCAUCCCAGGUGUCGUCGUGCGGCUCUCGAGCGGCGCUCAAGGUUACGUCACGUCCGUCGGUCCGGGAGGCUCGACGUUCCAGGUUAAGAUCGGUACGGUUCGAGUGCGAGACGGUGUGGAAGUGUUGGAAACGGUGCCGAAAACGGCCCAGGAGGAGACUGUUACGGAGGACGAGCUCGAAAUCGUCAAGCCGGAGAACAAGUCGCGCGUCAUCGUCGUCACCGCCGCGGAAGGCGCCAAUCGGGGAGAGACCGGUCGACUCAUAUCCAUCGAUGGCGUCGAUGGUGUGCUUCGUCUCGAUUCUUCGAGUGACGUCGUCAUCCUAGACAUGGCGUGUUUGGCUCGCCGCUGGCACGAAUAG